AUGUAUCAGGGUCCCCAUUCAUCCUCCACAGGCUGGCGAGGUAACCUGCCAUGCGUCUGUGGACCUCAAGAUGGCUGUGAUGUUCACAAUCCGGAAAGAGUUCUCAUUUACUACAACAUCCGCCUCCCGGUCACAACUAAGAAGUUGAAUUUUGUCCAGAAACUCCUCCCCAGCACAAAAGGCGUCACCAAUGUCCCCAGGCCACCCAAAUUCGGUGAUUACCAGUAUUCCCAGGAUGGCGAAGCAAUCAUUUCACACCUCUCGCUCGAUGCUACGUCCGUGGAUCCCUUAAGAGCGCUGCACCUCAACAUCCCGUCCAUAAUUGCUUUCUACCAUCUGGACUGGGCACGGCAAAUCCAGUCACCUCCAGAUCAAGGAGUCCUCGUCACACCAAGUGCACUGAGGUGCAAAGGCAUAUGCAAGGGAAUUGUUGAUCGAAGUCGCAUCAACUGGAGCGUCCAUUCGCUGUGGAUAAAUGGUUCAUUCUAUUUGGACCAGCGGGCUGUACUGAGCAUCGGGCCCAGAAAGGAAGAUGCUAAGUACCGCCACUCGACGGAGCACAUGGAGGAGAAGUUCAAAAUUUGCCGGCACAAGAAGUUCUAUAUUCGGUCAACGUCUUUCGAGGGCCAGCACGGUAUUCUGAAGGCGACGGUCAAGUAUGCCGUCAAGUCUCCAAGAAAGACGUUGACUCGUGACCGCGAGUGGCACAGCAUUUACGGACCCAAGGCAUAUGGCGCAGCCUGUAACGAUUGCUGUACGGACAUGGAAUAUCAGUUUGAGCUAGUCGAUGACCGUAUCGUGGUCAGUAUCAUGGCAUGGAAGGACUUGGGUGAGGGGAAGAACCGCUUCGAUCCCAAGUGGAUUAUCGCGUUGAGGGGGAAAGCCCAGGAACACAACAAACUCCCGCUCAUGAAUCGCAGUUAUAGCAAUUCAUCCGACCUAACAGUGAGGGCUGCGGCCUUGGCGGCAGAAGAGCAACCCGUACCGCAACCCGCGCCACAAACUACCAUGAAAGAAAACUAG